CCCAGAAUAUAGCAAAACGUCGAUGAAUACAGCUAAUGUUCGAUCUGCUCAAUGCAUUAGCCACACUGGACACAUCGAUAGGUACUCGUGCGGCUGCAUCACUGAUCCACUAGCCACAUCGCUCGGCCCACUCCAGCGCCGUGCAACGCCCGUAGAGCAGAUUAGAAAACGUCUCAGAACCGGUUUCUGCACCAUAUUUUGCGGUCCCCUCACCGCAGACCCGAAUAGACCGUUCUGGACCCUUCAUUUGAGACAUGGGUAGGUGAACCGAUAGUUACAUUUAGGCCAUUUCUUAUCCGCAUUGCUCGAAUUCCUGCGCCACAUCUUCUUUGCCGUGCAUGGCUGUGGCUCGUUGCCGGUUUUAGACGUCUGAUGAGGUAUCCCCUCAGUUGCAUAUACUCGGCUACGGGGUUUUAAGGAGCCGGAGACAACUUCAAGCUGGCCUUGGAUAAAGAAGGGUGCCUACAAAGACCCGCGCCUCUUGUCAUUCUGGACAGGAGCGAUGACCUCACCACCAUGACGUCCUUUUGUAAUGGCUGUGUUAUUCUGAGAUAGUGAUUAGUAUGAUCUCGUUUCUGUCAAUACACAGACCAGAUGUCACUCAAAUCGGUUUUAUUUCAAGAGCUAUAUAAACCGAUAGCUAUGGAAGAUUUUCGCAGGCGAUAGCACAUGUAUAGAGACUCUUCUAUUCAAUGUACAUAGGCAGCUGACGAUAUGCUCUAUUAUGUUGAAACGAAUACCGGGUAGAAACAAGUGAAAAUCUACAAUUUCACACCUCACGUGUGAGAUACAAAACUUCCGUAUUAGAAUAUUAGUCUUCCAAUUGACAGGGUCCGAUCUCAGAUCUUGUCAGAGCUUGUGUCUUGCUGUGGCUUAGCUGUGGCUCGACAGCCAUCACGUGCGGUACCUUGUCGAACCCCGCGAGCUCACCGUUUGACCACCGACCACAUCGAUAGCUGUUCGAAAGCAUAGUAGCGAACUAUUAAUCGGCUCCAGCUCUGUUUUUUGGCAUCAGGAUUUGACCAUGGAUUUGGCUACCUUCGAUCAUCUACAGGAAGGCGCUCUUCCCAGCGACCCUCAGAAAUCAGAAGAAGCACAGUCAUCUCUCAAUAACGAUAUACAAGACGCCUACAAAGCAUUCUCAUCGAGCCCAUGGGGUGCUAAAAUCGGAGGCUUCUUUGGAAGUGUUGUCAAACAAGGCGAGUCGGUAUAUAACCAGGCUUCCAAGGAGCUCGCGGAAGUAGGUGAAGACGCCACAAAAGGGUUCGCCGAUCUUCGAGAAUCUAUUUUGAACCGCACACGUUCGCUGUCCGUCGCCGAAAACAUCGGUGACGAAGCCGCCGGUGAUGUUAAGGCAGACGGUAGCAAAGCUGUUUCGGGCGAGCCUUCAGCGGCCACAGAAAAUGACUCCAUACUGACGAGGCUACGAACCGGAGCAGCAAAACGAUUAAAGGAUUUACAACGGGCCGAAGAUGCAGCUGAUGAGGCACUUUUGAAGUUUGGAGGCAAUGUGCGAGACUUCCUGCGGGAUGCUAUCACAGUUGCUGCGCCCGAGGGAUCAGAUGAGAGCAGUAUUCUAUUUGAGAGUAAGGAUUCCGAAGGAAAGAGAGUCAUCCAUGCCUCUAGAUUUGAUGCGCAAAUGCAUGUCAUCCAUACAUCUACCAAGGGACUUUUAGAAGAGCCGGCUGGCGAAGAAUACACCAACUGGGCCAAGGACUUCGACGCGGAGAGCAAGACGGAUGCCAUCAGUUCCGACCUGGAAAAGUACCCCGAACUUCGAAGUACCAUGGAGAAGCUUGUACCUGACCAAGUUCCUUACGCCGAAUUCUGGACGAGAUAUUAUUUCUUGAGACACGGGCUCGAAGCCGCGGAGCUGAGACGCCGCGAGCUUCUCAAAGCCGCCUCGGCCGAAGAUGAGGUCGGUUGGGACUCUGACUCGGACGACGAAGCCGACGCUCCAAAGGGCGAGAAGACCAGCUCUGUUACGUCAAGCACCACCAUCCAUCCACCUGCUGCUAAGCUAUCCAAGUCCACCAGUAGCAAGCAACCAACGGACACCAAAUCCCAAGCAGAUAGCGAGGCGAGCUACGAUGUCGUUGGUGCCCAAUCGGGACUCCAAAGCCAAGCAGCAACAAGCCCAAAAGAGGCUAAGAAGGACGAAGAGAGUGAUGACGAUUGGGAAUGAUACACUAUUACCUUUGUUUGCACCCGUGUCGAUUGGUGCGGUGAGUCGCUCGGCGUUAAGGUCGUUAAUUUUGCUUUGAUAAUAUGUAUUCAAAUCAUUUUGGGUAUCGAGAUGGGUAGAUGCGCCAUUCGCGCACCACCAUUCAUUUUUUUUUAUGUCGAAAGAUCCCCUUCACCUCUUCUUGGUGACCAUGGUAAAUCCGUCUUCGUCAACUUGUGGUGCAGGCUUCUCCUUUCGUGUAGGCACCAAGGCCGGUGCUUCGUCCAUGUUCACGUCAUCAUCAUCAUCGCUUUCAGCAGCGCUAUCAUCGGGCUCAGCAUCGGUAUCUUGGUCGGGAUCCUCGGCCUUCUUGAAGAGUUGGUCGACCUUGCCCGUCUUGCUUGCGAACCGCUGCUGAAGUUCCUUGACUUCGGUGUAUUCUCCGACUGUACAUUGCAUUCGGAUGCGGAUGAUUUGCAGGGCCAGCUCGUAAGCAGAGUCAUCGUCGACGUUGACAUCAAACUCGUCCAUCAUCACUUGCAGCAGCACCGUCUCGACAUCCUCCACAUCGGCUUCUUGAGCACUUUUGGCGUUGGCAUCGUCCGUAAAUUCGGGAAAUAGGUCGACAAUGGCUCCCGUAAACCAGUCUCUCUUAUCGGCCGAGUCGUCUCCUCCCCAUUUGUUCUGUACCGACAGAGUAAGCGCCGGCCACAAGUUCAUUGCACAGGCAACGCCUUGUUCGAAGUUUGAUUGGCGGUCCG